AUGAGAAAUUUAUUUGUGGUUGCUUUCAUUGUGCUUGCGGUGAUCUGUGAAUCGUUUGCUUCGCCAUUUCUCCAAGAACUCUUCAAUCUCAACGGCUACAACCAAGGAUAUAAUCUGGGAUACAGCAAUGAAUAUUCAAGAAAUGUUCAACCAGCAAGAAGACGGCCGGCAACUCCAAAACCGCGGGGUAGAAGUUACAAAGAUAUUUGCCGCGCUGUCAACCCAGCGCCUUACGCUUUUCCAAAUAAAAUUCCUUAUCCUUCAGUGCCAAUUUGUUAA